CGAAAGGCGGCGCGACAACAUGCAGAAAGAUACAAGUGUCCAUGAGUGGCAAGGCUGGAUUCAGAAGCAAGGGAGCGUGGUACCUUCAUGGAAGAAGCGCUACUUGGUGCUCUCUGGACAGAACAUCUCAUACUUCGACAAGGAGGUGUCGAACCCCCGAGCCAAGGAAAAGGGGUCCUUCGUGCUUGCUGGUGUCCAACCAAACAAAUCGUACGACAACGGCAUGACCCUGCUGAGCAAAGAGGGCAAGGCCAUGAACAUCACGACCAAAACGGUCGGCGAGUACGUCAUGUGCAAGAAUGCGCUGGAGAACGCUGUGUCGCUGCCGCGCCGUCGCGUGUCCAACCCAAGUCCCGCCGCUGCCGCUGCUGGCGAGUACCGGUCCAGUAGCGCAGUGCGCACCGAACAGUCGAGCGUCGGUGCGGCGUCUCCAAGCCCCUACGACAACCGCAUUUCGAACGAGAACUUGCGAUCGCCGCCGCAGUCGUCGCAUCAACAGCCGCAACCCAACCCGUAUGCGUUGCGGUCCCAGCACUCGUCAGCAAACGACGACUAUCAGCAACAUCAACGCGAACAACACCGGCAACUGCAGCGAGAAGCACAAGAGCAACAGCGAGGCCAACAAGAGCUGCACAAUCGCCCCACGUACACUGGGUGGCUCGACAAGCAAGGCGAAAUCGUCCAGUCGUGGAAACAGCGCUACUUUGUUCUCCGGGGCCGCAAUAUUGCGUACUUUGACACGGUCGAUGGCAACCAAAAAGGUGGCGGCCGUCUCGCGGACGUGACCAUGUCGGACACCGGCCUUCACUUCCACCUGGACAAUGGCCGUGUCGUGAACGUGACUGCGUCCUCUUCCACGGACCUCCAGGGGUGGCACAACGUUGUGAGCCAAGUCCUCGGCAAACGAACCGACAUCACGGACGGAUCCCCACACGAAUACGCAGGAGCAGCCGAGAUAGCUGCUUCCCAGGACAAGCCGCUGUCGGCCUUCUUGGACAAGUACGUGCCGGCGGACAACAGCCCCCGUGCCUCGUUUGACAUUGGCGACGCUGGGGGGGAUGCGAUGGAGUCGAUGACCCCCGACAUUGUCGCAGAUUUCGCGUCCAAGUUUGCUAUGGACGACCUGGCGUCCCCGCCGCCGGCCACCGCCGCUCCCAUCGCCUCCAACAACAACAGUGGGCUAUGGCUCCAAAAGGGCGGGUCGACGUACGUCGCUGAUCCGACGGCGGAGCGGACGGUGCUGCCGACGCGGGAACACCCGAUCUCCACCGACGUCGCGCCGCCAAGACUGCCGCGGCCGCUGGCGCGCAACACGUCCACCGACGACGUCAAGGCCAAGCUGUGGGUGGCUCCCCCCAAGGAGACCCCCGUCGUCCAGCCCCCGCCGGUGGGGGUGGCGGACAUAACUCCUCCUGCCAACAAGCCAGGCGGCGUCUCGUUGCCUGGGAUGACCGGGGGGACAGCUGGGGCUAACGGCGGAGGGGGCAAAUUGCCACAACAAAACGACCACGCCACGCCACUUCCUGUCGUGGCAGCUCCCCCCCCGGCAGAGUCUGGUCUGUGGAUUCAAAAGGGGGGCGCUACGUACGGGGGUGCUACGUACGUCCCUGACGACACCGCCGUGCCCACCGUCCUCCCCAAGCGAUCAGUGAUCGACACGGACAUCCUGCCGCCUGCUAACAAAGGCCCCAUCGUCCGCACAUCCUCCAGCGACGACCUCAAAAACAAGCUGUGGGUCGCGGCUCCCGUGGCGGCCACCGAUGCCACGGCUCCUGCUGGUAAACCGGCGGUUCGAGGGAUGGGGUCGGCAUCGACUCCCGUCCGGCAGCAGCCCCCAACCGCACCCGUUCCUCGGGGGUUCGGCUCGGCUGCUGUCCCCACGAUCGUCGCGCCCCCGACUCCUGUGGCCGUGGUCGAACACGCGGCAGAGGUCGUGGUAGCUCCAAAGAGCCCCAUUGUAGCCCCUCGAGGGAUUGAACAAGUUGCUGAGGUCGAAGUGGCCAGGGCGGUGGUAUCGGCGGAUAAAGUCCCGGUGGCUAGCACCAGUGGCCUGCCACCGGCUAGCAGCGACACGGAGAAGCCUACGCCCGCCCCCAAGGGAUGUUGUACCAUUAUGUAGUAGAUGUAUCAUGCAUUGCUCCUUGCUCUAUCUGUUAUUGACACAUUCAAUUCUGGACCGGCAAAUGACAAUCAUGACGAGGUGUACAUGGAACAGGACAUAGAUCACGUUAAACGGGGAUGCAUGCUGUGUGUAGUUCA